CCGGGUUAAACCAUAGGUCGCUGUGGUCGCCAUGUUGCUCAAUGAAAUUAGCUUCAAACAUUGACUAUUCGUUAGCAAUAUUGAAACGUUAUAGUUCGUCACAUAACAUUUGUUACUGCUUUUAUGUUGUUCUAAAAUGACGUAGGUAACAUUAAACGACGAAAGAAGAGUCGUACCAUAUUAUUGAGCGAGCUACUGCAAGUGUGUCACGCGAUGCACCAUGGAAGUGGGUCGCAGAACAUUCAACGACAACUCCAGAGAUCCAAGUCUGUUAGUGGCUCAGAAGUUGAGGAUCAGCAGCAGCAGCAGCAGCAGCAGCAGCAAGCGACCAUGGCAGCUUCACAGCAACAAACUACAGUUACUCACCCUCAGUCACCUGUGACCACAUUUUCUUCUGCCAGCCCAUCAGCUCCUCAAUCUCCCAACUAUCAGAUAAUCAUGAGUCGCAGCCCAGUCACUGGUCAGAACAUGAACAUCACUUUACAAAAUGUGGGACAAAUGGUGACUGGCAACCAGCAGAUCACCCUAACCCCGCUUCCCCUGCAAAACCCAGCAUCCCCUGGCUUCCAACACACAACACCACAAUGGAGGUUUGAGCAUGCUCCAUCUUCCUACAUCCAGGUCACAUCUCCUUUACCCCAACCCAUGCAGCCGCAAAGCCCCACCCAGCAUAGCCCAGUCUCACUGCAAGGCAUCACAAGGCCUGGAGCCCCCACAGCUACUCUUGGUGUGUGCGGACAGAGUCCGACACGAUUUGUUGAGGCGGGUAUGUUAGUGCGGCAAAUCAGUUUAGGCAGCCCUUCGGGAAGUGGUCAUUUUGUAUAUCAGGAUGGUACAGGGCUGGCCCAGAUUGCACCUGGAACUCCUGGUCAAAUUCAACUGUCUUCUCCAGGAGCACCAGGUUCCGUUAGGGAACGCCGUCUUUCUCAGCCUCACUCACAGACUGGAGGCACCAUUCACCAUCUUGGACCUCAAAGUCCCGUGGCUACCAGUACUGCUCUCUCCACUUUGGGCAGCCCUGGACACAUUACCACUUCUAACCUACCUCCACAGAUCAGCAGCAUCAUACAAGAGCAGCUCGGACGGCCUGUGAUAUUUGAUAAGACUCAACAGAGUGUAGUUGGUGCUGUUGGAUCCACAACCACGGCGUCUUUUAGUAUACCUUCCACCAUCCCACCCUCCAGCCCCUCCCUUACCAGCCCAUCCCAAGUAAAUACCAACAAUCCCCUUGCAACCACCAACACUGCACUAGGCACUGUUAAAAAACAGGUUCCCAAGAAGUUAGAGGAGAUUGCUCCUUCAACCCCAGAAAUUGCCCAGCUACGCAAACAGUGCUUAGAGCACCAUGCCAAGAAGAUGGACAAUUUAAAGGAGGUGUUCAAUGAAUACCUUAUAGAACUCUUCUUUCUUCAGCAUCUUCAAGGAAAUAUGAUGGACUACUUGGCUUUCAAAAAGAAGCCUUGCGUUCCUUUGUAUACUUACUUAAGACAGAACGAUUUGGACCUGGAAGAGGAGGAGGAAGAGGAGGAACAGUCAAAGGUUAUCAACGAUGAGGUAAAAGUUGUCACAGGGAAAGAUGGUCAAGCAGUGACGCCUGUUGCCAUAGCAACACAGCUUCCUCCCAAUGUAUCUGCAGCUUUCUCUGCCCAGCAGCAAUUUCAGGUACUCCAAGGGCCAGCUGGCACGCUUGCCAACCCCGCAGACAUGGAUGCCUUCAAGAGGCAACAGGCUAUGGUGCAAGCAGAUCAGGCUAAACGAUCCCGGAUUGACGUUGGUCGCCAUGGGCUGAUUUUCCAGCAUCCUGGUGUAUCUCCUUUAGGAUCGCCUGGCGUGCCACUCCAACAGCUUAUGCCAACUGUGCAAGGCGGGAUGCCGCCGACACCUCAAGUGGUCCAAAUUGCAGGACAGAAGCAGAACCAACAACAGUAUGACCCAUCCAAAGGACCUCCAGUGCAGAAUGCAGCUAGCCUACAUACUCCACCUCCUCAGCUGCCAGGCAGGUUGCCACAAGGGGCUCUCCCAAUGACUGGCCUGCCAGUGACACUGUCCCAGCAGGCUCAGAUUGUGGAGAGUACAGUCCAACCUGGUGGUCAGCUCCAAGCGCAGGUGAAAGUGCAGGCAGGUGGCCCAAUCAUGGCAUCAGCAAAUCCCCACACACAACUCCAGACCCAGCUCCAACAGCAGAUGCAAUCAGGUCUUCAUAUCCAGUUGCCUCCCCAGCAGCAGCAAAACCAGGCAAUGCUACAGACAGGGCAAGCGACGGUGACUCUUGGUCGUCCCGGUGCAGAGUCAGCUCAACCCAUUCAAAGGAUUAUGACCAACUCAAUAUCGCUCACCUCAAUGUCGUCUACUCCUACCCCUACUUCAAACUGCGUUCCGACCCCUCAACCAACAAGUCCUCUGCGCCCACUUGCUGCCAAUACAAACCCAAGCACCCAGUCCAAACUGACAGGAACAAAUGGUAGCUCUGGAAUCAAAAUGAGUGGCUUUGGUCAAAGUGCGACCAUGCAGUCGUCGUCGUCGCAGGAGGCUGCCCAAGAUAAGCAAGUUGAGCAAGCUAAACUGGAGAAUCAAGUGCACCAACGCAUAUCUGAGCUGAGAAAGGACGGCCAGUGGUCAGCCAGUAGGCUUCCCAAACUUGUGGAGGCCGUUCGUCCAAAGUCCCACUGGGACUACCUCCUGGAGGAGAUGCAGUGGAUGGCAGCCGACUUUGUCCAGGAGAGAAGAUGGAAAGAGGCUGCGGCAAAGAAGCUGGCACGCACAUGUGCACGUUACCAUCAAGAGCAGAGGAAAAGUGUAGAGAGGUCAAAAAAAGAAAAGGAAAUUCAUCUUCGCCAGAUUGCCAGCACAAUAGCCAGAGAAGUGGAAUUCUUUUGGUCUAACAUUGAGCAGGUUGUGGACAUUAAACUUCACUUUGAAAUUAAUGAAAAAAGGAUUAGAGCGCUUAGCUUACAGGAGGCAUCAGUCAAAGGUCAUUCUGUUGGCGAGACAGCUGAUAAAGAGGAGCUUCACAGUGUGAAAAGAAAAAGAAAAUCAAAUUCACCUUUGAGUGUUGAAGCCGAUGAAGAGAGCACAAUAGAGGAACAAGAGGAUCUGGAGGGAGCAGCUGAUUACAAAGCAGAGUUGGUUGAGCUUGCGAAAGAUGCUGAAUUGCCUCUGGAUGCUUUGAGGAAGCAAUAUGCCGGUGCCUACGCUUAUGGCUUUGAGUGGCCUCAGCCAAGUCCUCAAAGUAAUCAGGAUGAUGAAGAGACUGAAGCAAUAAUGUGCCCUGCGAGCAGUCCACCUGAGGCAGUGCUCAUAGACUCUCUUCUCAUUGUGGACCAAUUUUGUGGUCCCGACAAGACCUCUUCUCACAAUUCUGAGGGGAAACCUGCCAGAGACAUAUCUGAAGUGGCUGCUGCAACAGAGCUCCUUCUGCCGAAGGGUACCCUCAAGGCCACUUCGUCGACUCAUAGUCCUGCACCAUUUUUACUACAUGGCUCACUGCGAAAAUAUCAGCAAAUCGGUGUUGACUGGAUGGUAAAACUGUACAAGAAGCACCUCAAUGGUAUCCUCGCUGAUGAAACGGGCCUUGGCAAAACUGUACAAACAGUUGCUUACAUGGCACACUUAGCUGGCCAAGAGGGUGUUUGGGGGCCUCAUCUCAUUGUGGUUAGGACAUGUAAAUUGCUCAACUGGGAAGUGGAGUUCAAGCGCUGGUGUCCUGGCCUUAAAAUCCUCCUGUAUUUGGGAACUGAGAGGGAGCGUAAAGUUCAGAGAAUGAGGUGGCGCGAAGCAAACAGCUUCCAUGUAUGUGUGACAUCGUACAAGCUGAUGAUGAAGGACCGCAGACAUUUUCUGAGGCAAAAGUGGAGACACCUGGUUCUGGAUGAGGUGCAGCUCAUCAAAAAUAUGACUGAAAAACAUUGGGAAACCAUAUUUGCACUCCAAAGUGAGCAGCGGAUCCUCCUCAUCAAUACACCACUACAGAAUACUCUAAAGGAGCUAUGGACUAUGAUCCACUUCCUCAUGCCAGGAAUCACCAGGCCCUACUCUGACUUCCCUGUUAAGGCAGGCACUGACCAGAAUCAGGACUACUAUCACAAACUUGUAAUUCGCCUGCACAGGAUGAUUCAGCCUUUCAUUCUGAGGCGCUCCAAAAGGGAAGUGGAGAAGCAGUUGCCAAAAAAGUAUGAGCACAUCUUGAAGUGCCGCCUCUCCAGCAGACAGAAGAGCAUGUAUGAGGAUAUCCUUACUCAACCCGGAUCCCAGGAAGCCCUUAAGACUGGUCAUUUCGUCAGUGUGCUUCAGGUCUUGAUGCAGUUGCAACGUGUGUGUAACCACCCUGAUUUGGUUGUACCUCGAGAGACAAGCAGCUCCUACUUCUGCGCUCCUCUGCCAUAUGAUAGCCCAUCACUCAUAUUGGAAGCAAUGCAGAAUGACUCCAGCAAAGAUACAAACCUGUCCCUGUUUGACUUGAUCAGUAAUGAGAAUCGGCUGACUCGGUAUCAGACUGAAGAAGCAAUACCCAAACUAAAGGUCACACAACAGCUUAUCGAGGAGAUUUACAGUGGUCCUGAACAACCGCCACAUCCCAAGCCAUGCCCAAUAAAACCGAUGAGAUUAUUCCAGCCAGUGCAAUAUGGGACGAAGCCAGAAGGGCGGCUAGUUGCCAUCACAAGUGCAGUAGGACAGAAUCCUCAAACAAGCUUUUCUACUCCAACCAACUCUGUUUCCACAACUAACUCAGCCCAGAUAAGGGGAAAGUCCCCCAUCACCACUGUAGCUUCUACAGCAACUCAAGGUGGGGAUGCAGUGAAAAUUGCCCAGCUUGCCAACAUAGCUGGCAGUCAGAAUCGUAUCUCCCAGCCAGAGACUCCUGUCACUCUGCAAUUUCAAGGCAACAAGUUUACGUUAUCCCCCAGUCAACUCCGCCAGCUCACCACUGGACAGCCUUUGCAGCUCCAAGGAAACAUUCUACAAAUUGUGUCAGCUCCUGGGCAGCAAAUCAUCAGGCCCCAGGGUUCUAUGGUUAUGCAAUCGAUGGCACAAGCUAUCCCUAACUCCAAUGCCUCCUCAGCUUCACCCAGUGCACUUCAUCCAGCUCUGCCAACAGUCCAGCAAGGUGUGACAACAAAUGCCACAGCAACCUCCAACAAGCUCACUACUGCUGCCUCACAGGAGUCUUCUGAAGAAAAGACCCAGCAGGCAAAGCAGCGGUUGAGCCUCCUCUUUGACGCAAAUGAACGUCGCUGCAGCCGUCGGGUUUUGUAUGGGUCAGACUUGUUGCAGGCAUGCACUGUGAGCUCAGAGCCUGGUCACUCUGCUCUAACUGCUGGAGGAUGGAUGUGGGUGGGUCGAGAGAGUUGCGUGAGGACCCAGAACACCUGUGUGGCAACCACCUCUGCACUGCAGUCUACCCUGCUCUCUGUUGAGGACCGGAUGCAGGCUACCAACAGUCUUGCCAAAGGGCUGGUAUGUGUGGUGCCGACAGCUGUUGCGCCUCCUCCUAGGUUGUAUGCAGCCAAUCCUCCCAUCCUCUACACCAUUAAACAGAAGUUACUCCACAGUCAGCUGCAGGAAUCUUUUGCUCCCCAUACUUGUGAGAUGCACCACUUGGUCGCGAGGCAUCAUUUCUGUUCUCCGGAUCGUCAGCUAAUGCAGAUGGAUUCAGGCAAGCUAGAAGCCCUGGCCAUUCUGCUGCAGAAGCUUAGGUCAGACAAUCGCCGUGUCCUCAUCUUCACUCAGAUGGCGAAGAUGCUUGACAUCCUGGAGGCAUUCCUCGAUUAUAGGCAGCUCACUUACGUGCGAGUGGAUGAAAGCUACAGUCCAGACGAACGACAGGAGACCAUCAGGACCUUUAACAGGAACAGGCAGAUUUUCUGCAGCAUCCUGACAAACCUCUGCUGUUCUUCAGUCGGAACGAUGCUUGAUGCAGAUGCCAUCAUUUUCUAUGACACAGACCUAAAUCCUAGCAUGGAUGCCCGCACCCAAGAAUGGUGUGACAAAAUUGGACGUGCGAAGGAUAUACACAUUUACAGGUUGGAGAGUGGAAACUCGAUUGAGGAGAAACUAUUGAAGAAUGGAACCAAGGACCUUAUCAGAGAGGUGGCUGCCCAGGGCACUGAUUAUACUCUUGCUUUCCUCACACAACGAACAAUCCAGGAUUUGUUUGAGGUGGAAGCGGGCUCAGGGGAAAAGGUUGAGGAGUUUGUUGUCCUUCAUCAGGAGCCAUCAGCCUCUGAGACCAUCUCUCCAAAAGUGGCUCGACCCUACAUCCAAGCUCUCCAUAGCAUUAACUUGGAGGAUUCACCAGUAGCAGAAGAUGUGAAUGUUGAGGAGACAGCAAUUUCCACCGGCAACCAGUGUGAAAUGGCUGAUGAGUCAGAGAGCCAAACUAACGAAGAGUCUUCUGAGAUUGAGGAAUUGAAUGCAGUUAUGGAACAGCUCACACCAAUUGAAAGAUAUGCUCUGAACUACCUGGAGUACCUUCAUAUCAGUGACGAUGAAACCGCUCUCAAGGAGCGAUUGGAGUGUUCUAAGAGAGGCUGGGAGCUGCAGCAGCUGCAGAAACUGAAAGAGGAGGAGCAGGAUCAGCAUCUGAUGGAGGCAGCUGAAGAGCUUUUCACCUACACAAGAGAAGAUGCUUACAACAUGGAGUAUGUGUUCACUGCUGAGGAUGGGCACACCGAAAUCAUGCCGGUUUGGACUCCACCCACACCACCACAGGAUGACAAUGAUAUUUAUAUAGACUCCGUAAUGUGUCUGAUGUAUGACACCACCCCCAUUCCUGAGGCCAAACUUCCUCCUAUCUACAUCCGCAAGGAGCACAAGAGACUGAAACUGGACCCCUCAGCAGCAGCUAGGAAGAAGAAGAAGGGCCAUGGGGAAACAGUAAUUCCCCCACGCUCCCUUUUCGAAAAAGCCAGCAUGCUGAAGGUUCGCAGAGAAGGGAAAGACCAGAAAAAGAACUUUUCUCUCAAGCAGCAGGCACCCUUCGCCAAGCCUCUGCCCUCACUGGUUAAACCCGCCAUGGAGGCUGGUCAGGACAACCCCGAGUGGCUCAUCAGUGAAGACUGGGCUCUGCUUCAGGCUGUAAAACAACUACUCGAGUUGCCCCUGAAUCUGACGAUUGUGUCUCCUGCACACACGCCCAACUGGGAUUUGGUUAGCGAUGUUGUGAACUCCUGCAGUCGCAUCUAUCGCUCUCCCAAGCAGUGUCGUAACCGCUACGAGAACGUCAUCAUUCCCAGAGAAGAGGGCAAGUUGAUGUAUGAGGCAAACCCGAAGAAGAAAACAAAGAGCAUCUACAAGUCUAAGAACAGCCGUCCUCUAAGGACCUGUCAGAUCUACACACAAGAUGACAACGCCACUCAAAUUCAGCUCUACAAUAGCCGCUUUGAGCUCAUGAAAAUUAUCGCGAGCAAGAGGAGCCCGCCCAUCAAGCCUCUGCUAGGCAUGAAUCCAUUCCAGAAGAAUCCCAAACAUGCUUCUGUUUUGGCAGAAAGUGGGAUAAGCUACGACAAGCCCCUUCCCCCCAUUCAGGUGGCAUCUCAACGUGCCGAGAGGAUCGCCAAAGAAAAAAAGGCUCAGCAGCUGGCACAGCAGCAGCAGCAGGCCGGAGCUCCCCAAGGCCAGACUACACCCAGCCAGACCCAGACCCCUGCUGCUGCCCAGGCUCAGGCUCAGGUCCCACAGGCUGCCACAGUGACUGGAGCUGCUGCAGUUCCUAAUGCAGCUGUUCUGGCUGGAGCCUUCAAAAAUGCCACAGCCGGCACAACCAUCCAGGCUGCCGCUGUUGGGGGAAAUGUGAUUGUGAACACGGUUGCUGGAGUGCCUCCAAGCCCCUUCCAAGCCAACAAACGUCUGGCAUCUCCAGUCAUACCAAGCACCCUGUCUCCUGCUGGUCCAGCCGGCGGAGCACAGGUGGUCCACGCACAACAAAGAGCCGUUACAGCUGCUGCCCCUGCUGAAGUGGUUGCCAUAGCUACAGGACAGGGAGUUCGUGCAGUUACUCCAGUAACCGCAUCUGCUGUAGUUUCAACCACUCUGAGCCCAGUCCAAGCUCAGACUCGCCCACUUGUCACUCAAGUCACACCAGCUGCAGGAAUGCAGCUUGCACAAGGAAAAGCUCUCACCCCGGCUCACCUGCAGAUGCUUCGGCAACAACAGCUUCAACAGCAGCAGGCUGGCUCUCCUCAGAUCAAAGCUGUAAGCAAACCCCAGGAGUUAUUGAAGAUGCACAAACAUAAGUUGCAGCUCCAGCAGCAACAGCAGCAACAGCAAGUUGCUGCAGCUGUCGCGGCAGCCGCAGCUCAGGGACAACAAGCUGCAGGUGCCCAGCAGGCCCACGUGCAGCCGACGCAAGCGGCUCAAGCGAGUCCUCAGCUAGCAACAGUGGCGGCGCCAAGACCUGGUUCUGUUUUGACCGGCACCACAGUGACCAACCUCCAGGUGGCCAGACUGACCCGAGUACCCACCCAGGGUCAGAUUCAGGCCCAGGCAGGCCAGACGGCCCAGAUGACCCUCACUAAGCCUCCUGUUGUCUCCGUACCGGCUGUGGUGUCAUCUGCUGGGGUCACCACGCUGCCGGUCACUGUCGCUGGCAUCAGUGUGGCCAUUGGCCAAGCCCAGAAAACAGGUGGUCCCGUGCUGACACCGUCCUUCCCACAGAUGCAGGUGCAGCAGCUGCUUCAGAUGCAGAAGCAGCAGCAGGCGGCCGUUCAGGCAGCCCAGCAGAAGGCAGGGCAGCCACAACAAGGACAGGCCACGGUGCAGCAGAAGGUAAACAAGAUCGGGACGCAGCAGGUUACGGUGCAGGCUGCCCAGCCCACCCAACAGCAACAAAAGGUGACCUACACUACCACCACCCAACUUCAACCUGGGAUCAAGCCCCAGUUCUUUACCACAUCCAUUGCCCAAACCCAGAAACCUACAGGACCUCAGCAAAUCCAGCAGGUGGCAAAGCUUCCACAAAUAGUGCAGCAGCCGCCCACUGUGGCUAACAUUCAGCAAAUUGUGUCUUCGCCACAGCAGAUCCAAACGCAGCCUCAAACCGUAACGCUGACCACAUCAGCGCCCGCCCAGGUGCAGAUGAUUCCGGCUGGCACCACCACAGCUCAAGUUGUUCAACAGAAGCUGAUACAACAGCAGGUGGUCACUGCGGCCGCCUCGCCGCAGAUCCAGACGCCACCCGCCCACAGCCCCGCCCAGCAAGAAUCCUCUGCGCCCCAGCCCGUUCAGUCCCAACAGCCUACCAAAGGUCAAGCUCGCCAGGGAGGCAUAAGGGCCAAACCACCUGCCAAGCCCAGCGGGGGAAGCAGUUAGGGGGCGAGUGAAAUCAAUCCAAGUAUUUCCCCUUAGUGCAGACGGAUUGCAUUAAUCAUCUUUUGCGGAGCUCCACCCAUAACAACCGUAUAUACACAAUCCUGUCUGUCGGGAUAUGUGUUCCAAUAUUUAAAUAUCAUUUUGUUUGGAAUAUUUAAAUAGCAUUUUGUGUGGAAGUCCAACCUGGCGCGAUUCAAACUUCUUUGUUCAUGUGUUGAAAUUCUAAAUGUUUGAAUACAAAGAGAAAAAUAACCCUGCUAAAAA